AUGAGACCUAAAUAUAUUCAAGAUUCACAAGUGCAAAAAGAAAAAAAAAGAGGUGGUUCUUUUUUUAUAUUCAUAGUAUUUUUUAUUCUUUCAUUUAUAUAUAUAGGGUAUACAGGAAUUGUUCUAAGAUCAUGGUUUAUUCCUUAUAGAAGUGGCUCAUUAACAAUAGCCAUCGUAUUUCAUUUCUUUUUUUUUUUGUUUUUGUUAAGUUUUAUAAAAUGUGCAUCUACAGAUCCAGGAAAAGUACCACGAAAUUGGGGUUUUUAUGUAGGUGAUGAUGUUAAAAGAAGAAGAUAUUGUAAAAUUUGUAACAUUUGGAAACCUGAUAGAACACAUCAUUGUUCUGCAUGUAACAGAUGUGUAUUAAAUAUGGAUCAUCAUUGUCCAUGGAUAAAUAAUUGUGUUGGUUUUUUUAAUAGAAGAUUUUUUAUGCAAUUGUUAUUUUAUGGUUUAAUUUGUCUUUUUAUUGUUGCCUCUCAAACAUUUCAUUAUAUUUUUAUUGAUAAUACUUAUGCCUAUUCGGAUGAUGAAUUUCAUGAAAAAUCAUCUUUUAUAGCUUUUGAGUAUACUUAUGCAUCAAUUGUUUUAUUUUUAACAUUCGUCUUAAUUUUUGCUUUAGUUCCAUUUACAAAAUUUCAUUUAAAAUUAAUUUCAAAAAAUUCUACAACUAUUGAAAAUAUGGAUACAUAUAACCAAGAAUAUAAUAUAUAUAAUAUUGGUUGUGAAAAUAAUGCAAAACAGGUUUUUGGGAAUAAUAUCUUGUGUUGGUUAUGCCCAUUUCAAUGUGUCUCUAAUAGACCUGCUGGAGAUGGUGUUCGCUGGAGAGUCAGCGUAUCUCAUGAUGAUAAUGUUUAA